AAUACCACAGUAGUCCGCGCUCAAUGGAUGGCGACUUCGCACGUUGUAUCAGAUGACAUUACAGUUGCGAUCGUACAUCAUUUCGACGUCUGUUAUUGCUCGUAAUUAUUAUAGCAAACUAACUACUUGAUAUUUGAAAGCUGAUCUGAUAAUACGUGGCAAACAGCUAGUGAGCGUUACGUGUGUUAUUCUUGUUUAUUUUUUAUUUUAUAUUAUUAAAUUGUGUAAAUAUUUCCGUGCGACAUUACGCUUUGAAAUCGACGAUGCCGUGUAACUGCGAAGUGGACGUGUCGAGUGGCCGUACAGAACAUAACGUUGAUUGCGACGUGAAGCUGCGUAAAUCGCCCGCUGAAUUCAAUGAGCGUCACCCACACAGGAAGACGUAUGACACCGACGAGGACGAACAUAUCGUCGAUGACUGCGAACCAGUGCACCCAGAUGUUGUUAGGUAUCCUGAUGGAACAGUCCGGCUUCGUAAUCCCAACAUCGAGCUCAUGGACCAAGAUAUACUAUAUCAUCUGGCCCUCGGUAGUGGAUCCCACGAUCUUGUGGAAAUGUUUGGUGACGUAAAGUUCGUGUGUAUGGGCGGAACACCAAAACGUAUGGAGCAGUUUGCUUAUACAAUCAUGGCUGAGAUUGGCCACAAGUUGCCAUGUGGCACCACGUUACAAGACAUCAGUCAGUUCUCCUACCGGUACUCGAUGUACAAAGUUGGCCCUGUGCUUUCAAUUAGUCAUGGCAUGGGUAUACCUUCUGUGGGGAUAUUACUCCACGAAAUCAUUAAGCUAAUGUACCACGCCAAAGUACGGGAACCUGUGUUCUUUAGAAUCGGAACUUGUGGUGGUAUUGGCUAUGAGGGUGGCACCGUAGUGAUUUCUGAAGAAGCAGUGGACGGAGCAUUGAAGAACGUGCUAGAUGUGACUGUAUUAGGUAAAAGCGUACAGCGUCCGGCCAAACUAGACCGCCGUCUAGCGCGUGAGCUAAAAGCAUUAGCAGACCCCGAAGAUCCAUAUGAUACUGUUACUGGCAAAACCAUGUGCACAUAUGAUUUUUAUGAGGGUCAAGGUCGUCUAGAUGGUGCCUUCUGUGAUUUUACAGAAGCAGACAAGAUGGAGUAUUUAGAAAGUAUUCACAAGGCGGGUGUGGUGAAUAUCGAGAUGGAGUCAUUGGCGUUUGCUGCCUUGACUCAUCACGCCGGCAUCAAAGCGGCAGUCGUAUGUGUGACGCUCCUCGAUAGGUUGAAGGGUGACCAGGUGCUAGCUCCUAAGGAAGUACUGGACGAGUGGCAACAACGCCCAACGAAACUUGUUUGCCGCUAUAUUAAAAGAUAUCUUCAAAUGAAGGGUCGCUUGUCAUUAGACGGUCAUGGCUCGGUUGCUGUGAAGAGUCCACGUCGUUUUAAGUUGGUGCAACAGGAGUCGGAGAACUACGAUUAAUGUGUACUUCACAAAUUAUAUAUUUUAGUAGUGGUUUCAUAAUGCUUUAAUUAACAAGUACCACUAUGAGUCAUGCUUAUUAAAAUUAGCUUGGAAAUUAAAGAUUUAACGGCUUAAUUUAGAGUAAAUACUGUUUUUUUGUUCUACAACACGAAGUACAUUAUACAUGUAAUGUCAAUAUUGAAUAUUAUAAGUACUAUACAGAUACUAAUAGAAUUUCCCAAAUUAAUAUAACGGUAAUUAAUUUGAAAUAAAAACUUUCCUCGUGGCCUAGUGGAAAAAUGGCUAGUUUCUUAUUAAAAGUCAUAAAUUUUGACUUGAUACUGAAUCAAGUGUUUUCCAUGCACAAACGACUGUCAAGUUUACUAAUUCUGACAUUAACUUUAACCAGCUGAUUUUAUUUAAUUACAAUAAUUAAAAAAAAAUAAGUGUAAAAAUUUAUAAAUUUUGUUUUCCAAUUUAUACAAGCUAAAAAUUUUGUUACGUAUACUCUAAUGGAAAAGGGUUGUAAGCCUAAUUGAAGUCUUGUUAUUUUAAGUGAUUCGAAUAUAACUUUUUUAUUUUACUUGACUGUUUGUGGUACUGUAUAGUCUGGACUAUUGCACCUGUAGGUAUUUAUCUCAGAAUUAAAAGAUUCACGAUGCUUAAAGGUUAAAUGAAAAAUUUUUGAUAUAUAGUUAAAAAAAGAAAAUAUUUAAAAAAUUGCAUGUAAGAAACUAUUUUAACGUUAAGCUUGGAAUUUAUUUGGGCUUAUUGAUGGGUUUUAUUAAUCAGUAGGUAUACUUAAUUUAUAUCAGGUAUGUUUUUACAUAUUUUUACUCAUGGUAUAAAUAUGUAAGAUAAAAAUAUUCAAAUAGCUUUCCGUGCUUUCGGAUUGCAGUUAUAGUGAUAAUUUGUUAUGUCUUUAGCUUUUUUUAAACAUUGAUGUACUUAUUUAUAAUAAGUAGCAAAGAUUUUUAAGAGUGUGAAUUUUUUACAAGUUAAAAAGUGUGUUCGUAGAUAGGCACUUUUCUAUGUUUUUAUUAUAUUUGUCUUUGUUAUUUUAUUAAUUAGGUAAUAAUAAAAUAAAGUAUACGCGUCUCGCGACAAACACAUUAGAUAUCAAUAAAUUUUCUAAUAAAAAAAAAGAGUUGUAAAUUGCGCUAAGUACCUAUAGAUGAUUUUAUUAGUAGUUCAACUGACAAACUCUAAAGACAAAAUGGUUGCUUUUAUUAUUAAUAAUUAUCUUCUACGAUUCCUGGAAUGAAUGUCAACAGGAUUAUUAAAAUAAUAGGUGUUAAAUAUACCGACAUUACUUACUAGCUACCAUUAUCGUAAAAAUAUAUUCACCCACAUAUAACACGUUAGCUACAAUUUGUAAAAAUUGUAAACAGCCAUAAUUCCAUUCGUUUAAAAAUUGCUGCAUUUUCAAUAUUACCAUAUAUAUAGAGACACCAAAAAUAUAAAUAAGUUGAAAAUAUGAACUCCACAUCUGAGUUACGACCACUUUUAAAAACGUGUUCUGUGAAUUAGGUAAAUGUUGUUUUUCUGAGAAACCGCGGUGUGGCUGUUUUGGAAGGAUUUUCUGUGUAUUUAUUAUUUUAAUUAGUAAAUUUUAGAGCUAACAUUUCAGUAUGUUAAGUAUUGUUUGUUGUAUAUUAGUGGUAUAUAUGAUAGUUACAAUUGAAAUGUCUGCACUUAGGGCACAUUGUGAUCGUAUGGAAGCUGAAUUACCUAAUGGGUACACAAAUAGUAUUAAGUGCCAAUAAAUUUAUCUAAGACCUAAUAGAAGUUAUUUCUGUUGACAUGUAAAAAAGGAAUACUUUAUCAAAUAUUCUUUUGCAUAUAUAAACUUUCUAAGUAAUAAUACGUUCAAUAUUAUUUAUUUUAGGUAUAUACUCGUAUAAUCAUUUAAUGUCUUUUUUACAUUUAGUAUUGUUUAUUUUGUAUAUUAGUUACAUUAUGGGAGCACUUAAUAUCAUUCUAUUAUUAUAUAAAAUAAUAUCCUAUUAUUGGAAUAUAUAAUAUUUUUAUAUAUAUUACAAUAAAUAACUAUUUCUUAGGUCGGGUUUUCACAAUCGAUGGCAUGUCACAAAGCAUGGAUUUACAUACAAGUUCGAUAGCAUAUCAGGGCUAAAGUGAUAAUUCAUGAGAUUCCAUAAGUCCGUCAUAUCUUAUUAUAUUUACGGUUUUUCAUUACCUAUAUAUUGGACGAAUUAUUUGUAAUUUUAAUGUAUACACUUUAUUCAUCCUAUUAACUUAAUAUAAUCAACUCAUAUCUAAGUAUUUCGUAUUUGUAAAUUAAUCUAUCUAUAUAUUAAAGAUAGAUAAUAUGCCAGAAAUAUAGAGCUGAAAUUUAAAAAAAUAUUUUGUGGCAACAGCUUUAUUCAACCUUACAUAAUAAAUCAAAGUAAUUUUGUUAUCUCGUAAUAUUAGGUACAUGUUACUAAAUAUACAUAAGUCUAACUUUUACAUUUAUAAUUGCGCAAUUUUUUUUUUAAAUAAGAAGUCCAGUUUAAAUACGCGUUAAAUAUCAUAUAAAUUAAUUUACUACUUUGAUAUCUAAUAUAAUCAAUAGUAAUUUUCUCACUGAGUUUCGUAAACUUGAUCUACUUAUACCUAUUUGGACGGUCUAAUCAUAGUUAACAAUAUUUUGUUGUAAUAGCGUAAUUUUCCUUAGAAUGUACCAUUUCUAUAUUAUAAUUUUUAUAAUUUGCUAUUAUGUUUUACCCUGUGUUAGAAAGAUUUGUGAUAAAUAUAGGCAGUAGUUAAAAAUACAUAUUAUAAUUAUUAAUAAAAUUAAAAUUAAGGACCAUGACGGACAAUUCAUUUGUCGGCCAUGAUUGAGACAUCCAAAAUUGUUGAAACCCUAAUAAAUUUUAUAGUUUGUAUUAUGAUAAGAUUUACAAGAGAAUGUACAAGCUUAUCUCGUUGUAGAUGUUUAGAUAUAUUAUUUGUAAAGGUUUUUCAGGAUGUUAAAACAUUAUGGUGAAAGUACUAAGGUAUAAUUUUUAUAAGGAUUUAUUAAUCGGGCCGACAGAAAUAGUUUGUCAAAAUGAUUAUCUGUAUGCCAUGUGCUUCCAAAAGUUUUUAAAUUGUUGUUAAUUAAAUAAUGCACAAAGUGUUGUUAGAGGAUUUUCUAAGUUUUGUGGAAUGUUGGAUAUUUAUUAUUUACUUUGUUUGUCGUCCACUACAGAAUCCUAAAUUGAAAAAUAAUUGUAAUUUAGGCACGUGAAAUUACUUAUCCAAAUAUUACUUAUAUAGCAUAAAGUGAAUAUAAUAAUGUUUGUGUAAAGACUUAUGAAGAAAGUAACAAAACGAAAUAGCAAGUGACAACGCAUGAGGGAUGUCCACUAUUGGCCUCACAGUAUAUUUUAUAUUAUUCAUAUAGGUGUUUAUAUCUAUAAAAAACGCUUGCUACUUUCAAUAUGAUGGAACUGAAUGAUUUAUUUGCCAUUUUAUAAUAUACAUAUGUAUAUCUACAUAGGUAUCUUAGACUUUUUUUACAACAUAGGGGGUAAACAAGCAUGCGGCUCACCUGAUAGUAAGUGAUUACCGCCGCCCAUGAUCAACCACAACACCAACGGUAGACAGAUAACAGAUUAUAGUAGGUAUAUAAAAAUAUUCAAACUUAUUCAGAAUUUUUUUGGAAAUCGUUUAAAAAAAGAUGUUCCUAUCUUUUUUAAGAUAAAAGCAAAUGGAGGGGUUCAAAUUUACUUAAGAAUUAAAGGUCCGAAGUGACAGAAUUAUGUAACUACUUCAGUACGGAACUAUUUCAGUACGGAACUCCGUAAAGUUGAAAGGUUUUUUUUUAUAAAAAUAUACUACACAUUACUCAUCAGUUUUUGGUAUACAGUACAGACAAAAUGUGGUACAACGACUUAAGAUUUCAAAAUAAUUAAAUGGUUGUUUAAGGAAUAGAUACGGUGGAUUAUACAAAACAUGACCUAUUCAUAUUAUCACAAGUCCAUCAAUAAUAUUGUUCAUGGUAUAAUAUGAAAAUAAUUUGUGAAUAUUUAUGCAAACCUUUGUCUGUCAAUUGAUUAAUAUAGUAAGAAUGAAAGUACGUAUUAGGUAUUUGUGUUGUAGGGAGAAUUGGUCAGUUUCAUGAACGUACGAUAUCAUUACUAGGACUGGAUUUUGGACUAAAUAUGCAUGCGGAAUAAUAUCAACAAUAGUUUAUAUACCAGAUGUAUCGAUGUAUUGUAAUUUUUCAACAUUGAAAUUAACAUUGAUUCCUAAUUCUCAUUUUUGAAGUUUAUUGAAAAUGCCAUGUUUAUAGUGAAACCAAGAAAAUAACUACCCAUAUAUAUCUGCUUCUGAGUGUUUGUAUAUCAUAGAGUUAGUAAUAUCGUUUUUUAUAUACUUAUAUGGGCAACUAUAGGAAGUAUCUAAAACUUUGUAAAAAUUUAGUAUUUUUCAUUAAAAUUCACCUUUUGUUAAAGGUGUUGUACCAACUUCAUACAUAUCUGAAUAUUCGAAUUGAUACCUAUGCCAACAGGAUUAAUUGUAAGCUAUCAAAAUAUUAGCCAAAUAUUAAUAAUACUUAGGUCGAAAUUUAUAUUUGUUUAGAAUUAAAAUCUAUCAAAAUAUUAAACAGGACUUGAAAUAGGUACGUAUGCACGUACAUAUAUUGUAUCAAAUCACAACCACAAGAUUACUGUUUUUCGAUAAUUAUUAUGGAGUGGAAAUGUGAAUGAAAUAUAAUAUAUAUAAAAUAAAAUAAAUAUAUAAACACGAUCAAAAGUAAUGGGAACUAUUAGAAAUGGGAUGAUUUGUCAAUACCUUGAUAAUAAAUUCAACAUACAUACUUAUGUAUGUAUGUUGAUUAAAGUUUAAGUAACAGAUUUAAUCCAUCAUCUUUUCAUAAUUACUGUAAGUAAUUACUAUUAUUAAUUAAAGAAGACCUAGAUUAAAAUAUACAAUAAUGUAAUAUGAACAAUAGAUACAUACUUUUAAUAUUAUUCGAUGUCGUUUUCUACUAAUAUAUGCCACACUUAAAGUCAAAAGUUUGCUGUUGAUUAGGAAUAAGGAUGAAUUGAUGAUUAGUGUAAUUAUUUUGUAAUUAAUUAUUUUGUUUAAACAAUGACUUACUUGAUAAUAAUAAUAGAUCGGGUAUCAAUUUAAAUUCUUGAACAUCUUAUGUUUUAUUUUAAAGUGUAAAUUUCUUAUAAUUUAUAUAAAUAAGCAAGACGAUGAAAUGAUCAAUCAAUUUAUGAAGGUCAAAGACAUUACAAUUGGUUAAUAUUUAUUUGGUCGUAGAUUUUAUCGUCGGUUUCAUGAUACGAGAAUAAGUGUUGCUAAAUAUUAAUUAUGCUUUGUUUAGUAAUAAGUAUAUCUACACGAUAUAAAUGUAGUCUACUAGCUACCUAUUUUAUGUUAUUGCAAUUACAGUUAUCGAAUCGAAUGUAUUUAGAUAUCACUAAUUUGCGCAAAAUUAAUUAAUAUUAUAUCAUUAAGAAACAUAUGUGUGUAUUUCUCAAUAUUUAAUCCACAGUUUUUAUGUACAUACUUUAAAAUCACAAUAUAUUUACUUAUAUCUAUUAACUUAAUAAAUUAAAAUAUUAAGUAUUGAAAUAAUUUCGUUUAAAAUAGUGUCAUGGCACCACAUUCCUUCUAGAUAUGUUGAAAUAUACAAUAUGAAGGAAUACUUAUUAAUGUAACAGUUAUCAAUAAUUAAAAAACUGCAGACGUAGAAUCGAAUUAAACGCUUUACAUAAAUUAUAUCCAUGUAACAUAAUAUAAAAAUUAUGUACUGAUAUUUUUUGUUGCUUUGCAUUGCUUGUUAUUAUUUAGUUUUAUAUAUUUAGACAGUAAAUUGAAGUGAAAACAUAUUCAUCAAAGAUAGAGAGGUUGUUCAGCAGAAGUACCUAAUCGAAACGUUAACAUCAUAAAGUCAGUCUUAAAUAUAUCUAUAUAAAUUGUUAAGUACAUUGCAUUGUUGGUUAUUCAUAUAUAUAAUAUAGUACAUACUUAUUAAUAAAUGAGCAAAUAAGUUU